AUGUACAAUAUUAAAAGUGAUCUACAAAUACGUUUUAUUGGUGAUGAAAUCAAAUUCUUAUCUAAUGUAGACCGUAAAUCAUAUAUUUAUUCACUUCAUUUAUCAUCUAGUAAUGAAAUCGACAUCAAUGUUACAAAUAACAUUAACAUUGAAUUUAGUAGCAAGCAUGUAUCCCAAACUAUCCAUGAUUUAACAUUCAAUCUGAUUUUAAAUUCUCAAUCAACAGUUCAUUUCGUUGAUCAAACAUGGGAUAUACCGAAUGUCAAAAUUAGCAUCAACCAACAUAAUCAUACAAAAUACAUUAUAGAUAGUGAAGUAUUUCCGUUUGAUAUCAGCUGUACUCGCUAUAUGCAAACAAACUUUUCAAUUCUGAAGCCUACAAUCACUUUUUCAGGACAAAUGAAUACGAUUUGCGAUUACAGAUUUGAUUGCAAGCAACCAAAUACAAAAGUAAUUUUUAAAUCGAUUUCAAUGGAUACUGGUGAUAGUGUAUUCACUUUAACAAACGGAAAAGCCAUUUUCUAUGAUACCUACAUGGUUCGCACUUCAAUAAUCUUCGAUUGUCCGAAAGUUACAAUUUAUAAAUUAAAUUCAAUUUACUCAGCAUUUUACGGAAACAUAAUCAACGGAGGAGAUAAAAGUACAUGGAUUGUACAUGUUGCCCAAGCAAAACUCUAUCAUUUUAAGGCAGUUGAGAUGAAUAACGUAAAUAUCGACAUAAACUAUGGAGGAGACAUAGCGACAUUGGAAAGAGGUGAUCCUAUAAGAGUUAUUCAGACAAAUAAAACUUCUUCGAUAAAAUAUAACUUUAAAUAUCUUCCGGCAAUGAUUAAUGGAUCAGCUGUAAGAUAUGCACAAAUAGAAGAAUACGGAAAUAUGAUCAAUCACAUAAUAAAACCUAUGAAACUUUCAAGAAAAGUCGAUAAUACAAAGUUCUGUGUAGUUUCAUCGGAUUUACCUACUACGGAUAUUAAUAUCAGCCAAUACAAAGACAUUUGCCCUCAAAAUACAGAGAUUUUGACUUCAUUUGAUAUGAAAAAUAAUCCGGAUUCACUUUUAGGCUUUGAAAACAACAUGAUUACAAUAUACCUUGUACCUAAUGAUAAAUCAGAUGUUUUCUAUUUCAAUAAUUUCACAAAAUGUUCAAAAAGAAUAAAUAUUCUUCCAGCAAAGAAAUCUACACAAGAACUAUGCACAAUAUCAAUUGAUGAUGACGAUACUUUCAGUUCUAUCACUAUUCGCAAUUGUAAAAUAAUUAUUCCAAAUGUAUUACAUGUAAACGAAAUAGGACUUGAUUACUGCAACUGCAAUCUCGUUGAUCACAUUCGUGCCCAAAAAUUAACCGUUAAUUCCUAUUUUUAUUUGAAAAUAAAUUCUGCACAAAUUGAAUCAGCAAAGAUCAAGGUUACAGCAAACAAAUUAACAUUUACUUCUAGUUAUAUCGAAACAGACACGUUUCAGGCCUUUAUAAGCACUAACAACAAUCUUGAACUAAUUUUGAAUUCAAACUGCGAAUUAAACCUUCAAGGCGAGGCAAUUGCAUAUACAGUUCUAUCUGCAUCUUCCUCUGAACGUAAAGUUUCGUUUGUAAAAGGUUCUGAACUACUUAUUUCAAAAGUUGACGUAAAAUCAACAUUUGUCGCAAAUGUAGCCACAAAUAUCGCACAAACAGUGAAUGCCUAUGGUAAAAUCAUUGUUAAUCAAGGUCAGAACUUUGAACAAAAAGAAAUAAUUUUUUAUGAAGGAGGAAGAAUCAAUUCUUCAUCGACAAUCAAGGCAGAAACAGUUGGAAUCAACACACACGCAAGCAUCCUUGUGAAUCCAGACUCUUAUCUCGAAUCUAAAACCAUGAAAUUCAUGACAGUUCUACUUUACAACCAUUCAAAUCUAAAAUCAAAGGAAUUGAAUGUUUUGAAAGGUUCUUAUGCUGACAUAGCAAGUAUUUAUGAUUUAGAGAGUAUAAUAUUUGAUAUUACACCUAAUUCUGUUCCAUUUUUGAACAUCCAACAAAAAAUUGAAUCAAAUUCAACAAUUUCUAUUGAUAUUCACUAUGAUGAUUCAAAUCUAUCAACAUAUAAUACAGGAACAGAUCCUUUUGUUAAGUUCUUUUGCUUCCCAAGUAAAUAUAAAAACCAAAUUAAGUUAAAUUUGUCAACAAAGAAAGUUUUUGCAAAAUUUGUUGAUAAUAAUGACCAAACAUGUGCACAAUUGAUAAGUAACACGAAACAGAAGCAGCUAAUUAAAGCACUGAUCAUUUUGUUCAGUGUUGUUGGAUUAAUUAUUAUAGUUUUAAUUGUUGUUUUAGUUUUGAUGAAAAGAAGAGUUUUCAAGAAAGAUGAUCCUUCAAUGUUCCAGUCAAUACUCACUGAUGAGGCUGGAAAUACAGGAUCAUCAAUGCAAUAUUGA